UUGAUGAGUAUUAAGCAGCGGGAAAACAAUACAUUUUUUCAUGUUGAAAAGUUGAAAAGCGUUUAUCUAGAAGCGAUAUUCUUCGACAGUGGCUGCAUAUAGACUGGUCAAAUAUGAAGAUCGAAUAGUUUUUUUUUCCUCUGAUUCUUUCUUCCAAGUUGACAAUCUAUGAUGAAUUUUGAAUUACACCUAUCUUCUGGUUCAGCCCAUGUUUACUUUAGGUGAUUUAUUUGCAUCAUAUGCAUUCCUCUCUUUUGCUCUCAUUUUUCUGGUCAACGAAACUUAAGUGUUUGGGGGGUAUUUUGUUGAACAGUUGUGGUUUGGCUGAUGUCUGUUGUAUGAUUUUUUCUUAUUUAUUUGAAUUUUGAUGUGACCCGAUCUCUUUAAUUUAGCUUGGUAGGCUGGUAGCAUCAUGGCUGACGAAUUCCAUCUAUAAAAAAAAAAGCACCAGUCAAUAUACUCACUCUGUUUUAUAUAAGGUGCCAUGCUUUUAAAAGUUGAACUUCAACCAUAAACUUUCUGUAGAGUAAGUUGUACUACAUAAGGUGCCAUGCUUUUAAAAGUUGAACUUCGACCAUAAACUUGCUGUAGAGUAAGGUCUUCAUAGUCACAAAUUCGCAUGCCACAUACUGUUGAAUUAGCCUUGUGUCGAAUUGUAAAUCUUGGAAAGGCUAGUCAGCUUACAUUAAUCAACAGAGGGAAAUUCACUUUUCCUUGAUAAAGUUACUGAAGAUGACUAAUUUUCAAUCUGCAUCUAACCAAUAUGUGGCUGACUUUUUUUCCCUAUGAUUUUGCCUCUUAGUGCUUCUAGAUUCCACCUGCACCAGGUCAGAACUCCAAAGCACGAUUAAUAUAUUAUUGGUUUAAGUGCUGCAUUCCAGCUGUCAUUUGUCUUACAAAAUGAGAUGCAUAGUCUUAGAUCAGGUAAUGGAAAGAGACAUUGUCGUUCCACAUUUAUAGAACCCUCAUACAUGCCAAAUUGGGUUUGUCAACUCCAAAGCACCUAGUUGCCAAAAAGAUACUCCUAGAUUGCCAGCUCAUUGUUGGAUUCUUUUAUGGAAUAUUGCUUCAUCCACACGGUUAGCACUCACCAUAAGGUCUUGGCAAGUUAGUUGUAACAUGUCCUGAUACUCCUUGUAGGUACCGUGCCAGGAUUUUCUUACAACUCCCAGAUCAGUGUAAUAGGUUAAUUCAUAUUCUAUGUUUCAGCCAGAUCAAACUAGCUGCUGUUAAGCAUAUCUGAAGCCAUAUAUCCCCAGCAUGGUCAGCCUUGUAAUGCUUUAAUUUUUUCUAAGGAAUUGAAUGCUGGGUGCUUCUUGGGAUGGUUAGCUGGUAGGUUUUAGAAUAUCUAUUACUACACGGGAAGUAGCUCCAUGUGGUCCCUACUCUUAAAAUAGAAUGGUGUCAGUUCAAACUUUAAAGUAUUGGUAGACUAUAGUAUUGGUAGACUAUCAGCUUGAUGAUUAGGGAAAUUUAGAUACAUUAGCGGAUUAAGAGUCCCCUCUAGAACCAUAGCCCCACCAACCCUCCCAUAUCCACACAAGACACAGCCAAUUGAACUUCUUGGCAUUCUUCGCCUCCAAAAUGAUCCUAGUCUGUGCUUGAAAGUUAUUCCCUUUUCUUCUUCGAUUCAAAUCUGUGAAGAAACAAAAAACAAAUUCUCUCUAGUUGGAGACCUGGGGAAAUAAGAAGCUCCAUUUAUUUGAAUGACUGAACAAGAACAGGAAAAUUAUAUCUUCACUGGUUUCCUUCACAAGUUUGAAUCGGAUAGGCCCUUACAUAUGAUCAAAGAUCCAUUUUAAUGGACUGAAGUGGAUCAUCCUAGGGGUAAUGCACACGGUCACACAUCAAUAAUGAAUCAGUUUGGCAAUGGAGAAGUUCCUUGGUACCUUUCAUCAGAUAUUAAUGUAGUACCAGCAGUCUCUGAAGUCACAGCUCCUAAGUUUCCAGAGUAUAGGACAUUCUACAUUGAAAAGGAUAUGUGCGGUAAUUCUAUCACCUCAUACAAUACCUUUUGGGCUGCAAAUGGUGUCCUCCAGUCAACAUCCAACUUCACUUCAGAUCCUUGUAUUAACAAUGGAUUACCUACCGGGAAGCUGUCUCCUGAAUCACAUAUCACUGCAAUGCAUGGUUGUGAUACUUCACUGACAUCAGUACAUUCAUCACACAAGGGUAAUCCAGGUUAUUUAAGGAUGUUCUAUCCCAAAGUAUCUGAAGAGAUCAGCUGGGGUGAAAAACCACUCCCGGGAGUAUUUGAUUAUCCAGCGAGCAUUGAUGUUUCUGAUCAACGAAACAUUAUUGUUAGCCAACAAACCCAGGACAUCAAUACAGUGGAUCAUGAUACCCACCUUGCACAUCAAAACGAGUGGUUCUCAUCUGGGAGUUCUGGGCAAUUUUUUGAAAAUUCAGGAUCUGGUGGGUCUGUGCUUAUGGCAGUUGACGCAACAAGUACAACACCUUCAAAUCAUGCAUAUUUUCAUGAGCAGAACAAUAUAUCAAGUCCUUUCAACAUGGAUGAACUUUCCAGUGACAAAUCCCCUUCUUCAGACACUGCUCCAACCAAGUCAAGGAUGCGCUGGACACCUGAGCUCCAUGAGCGGUUUGUUGAUGCUGUUAACAAGCUUGGUGGAAGUGGAAAAGCAACUCCAAAGGCUGUCCAGAAAGUUAUGAAGGUUGAAGGGUUAACUAUAUACCAUGUAAAAAGCCAUCUACAGAAGUAUCGCACAGUUCGUCAUCAAUCUGAAUCAUCUGAUGCAGGUACUUCGACGGAGAGAAGCAGCCAUAUGGAUGAAGUUUGCUCUCAAAGCUCGAAAGCCAUGGAGGCUUGUGAAGGGCUAAGAAUUCAGAUUGGCUUGCAGAAGCAACUUCAUGAACAGCUUGAGGUCCAGAGAAAGCUACAGCUGCAAGUAGAAGAACACAGCAAGUACCUGGAGAGGGUGAUCGCGAAGCAAGGCGAGAGCCUAAAACUGCUCGGGGGACUGCCAAGGUUUCAACAUGCAAGCAGACAGGCUGUGGAUCACAAAGAAACGUAUAGAGAACAAACAGUGGGCGUGGAAGAGAGCCAUUCAGAAAAGAAAUGACCGCCUUUUAGUUGUGCACAAAUAGAAAAGACUUGAGACACGCCGACAGGCUGAAGAAAGCAAGAUUAAGAGUCAAUUAGAUUUGAGUCUGAUUAGUUACCUGCCCCUUUGGCUUGUUGAUUUUCCCUCCCAGGUGACCUUUUUCAGGCACUGUAUUGGUGUGAGCUGACUUGCGCAGAUUUUUUUGAAUGGGAAUACAGGCUAUUUCUUUCUUCAUAACAAACUAAGAUCGUAUCUAAGUUUUUUUUAUUUAAUUUUUUGAGAA